AACAGUAGCAAAAAUUCAAACGCGCACUCUUAUCAGUUGUCUAAAAAAAUAAUUUUGGAACAAAUUGAAAAUAUUGUUAAAAUUUGGUGUGAUACUUCCUACUAUGUUCCAGUAUCUGAAAAUUUCACCAAAAUGAAGAUUUUUAUCCUGUUUUUAUUUUUGUAUUUCUCCGUUUCGUCGUCAUUUGAUUUGUUUCCGGAGAAUGGCAAAUACAGUUACUAUCUUAAGUCGUUCUUGACAUUGGUACCUGACUUGCAUAGUCAGCAAAAUCCACAGUGGAAUUUACAGGGUUUGCUGGAAGUGGAUCGCAUUGACACUCAAACUUUGGUUUUAAAGAUCAUCCUUGACGAAGGUUCGUACCCAAGUGAUCUUGAAGUUGACAUUUUAUUCGAGCCGUUUAUGGUAAAUUACGUGAAUGGAAGUGUAAGGGAGGUGUAUCUCAAUGUCACGGAGCAAAUUUGGUCGGCAAACAUCAAGAGAGCCGUUGCCUCGUUGUUUCAAGUACAGGGAAACAAUGCAGGUGCAUUUGUGUCUGACGAAAUUGGAUUGUACGGUCUUUGUCCCGUGGAGUAUUACGUCGUUGAGGCUGACGAGAAUUUAAAAGUCUCCAAAACUUAUGACAUGGAUAAAUGUACUUAUGUUGCAGCUAUUUACAAAAUUCGAAGUAAUGUUCCGCUCAACGUUUGUCAACCAAAUAUGCAAGAGCAAACUGUUUCCUCUCGCAUUGCCAACUACAAUCUAAAACGAGUAAAAAAUAAUAGAUAUCUCCUUACGAUGAUUGAGGCCAUGAUGCGUACUAAUGUACAAACCUUUGAAGCUUAUUACCCACAAUUCCUGAUCAACAGUAUCACAAUCGUUUUGAUGAACCAAACUGAAUCAAACGUCAAUAAAGAACUUGCUGCUGAUUUAAUUCCACAAUCGUUGACAUUCGUAAGUCCCCUAGAAGAAGCUACAGGAGGCCGAAGUGCCAAAAAUAGCGAUCAACUAGUGUCGAAAUGUUUCAAACUACUAAUGAAACUGGCUGAAAAUCUAGAAACAUUUGAAAAUAUCAACUUUGAAAGUCCUUACAAUGAAAAAGCAAGCGAGUUGAUUCGAUUAAUGGGCACAAUGGAGCUGUCUGCUUUGAAGCGAUUGUAUCAGGAAAUCGAUAUUGGCACAUCGUAUCUGCAAGAAACGGCAAGAAAUCUCUUCAUCGAAAUGAUUCCGCGAUGUGGAACAAAAGCAACAAUAUUAUUCACUCGUGAUAUGGUGAUAAAUAAAAUGGUGAAACCAACCACUGCUGUUGAGCUACUUCUCGUUUUGCCCUUCAACAUUGCGGAAUACUCGACAGAGCUCAUUAAGGAAUGCGAAGUUUUUCUUUCGCAAGGACCAGAUCGACCAGACGUCCGUCAAUCUGCCAUUCUCUCGUACUCGAUCAUGAUUUACAAAACAUUCGUUGCUGGUAAAAUGUCAACGGAUGAGUUUGAUAGUUAUUGCAAGAAAUAUUUCGACUUGUUUCUGAAUAGUUUUGAUUUUGAGGAGCAACUUUUGUACCUGCAGGGCAUGGGAAAUUUGCAACUUCGCAAUAUCGCAGACUAUCUGGAGCCAAUUAUCAAAGGAAAUUACAAACAAACGACCGACAUUCGAUUUUUGUCCAUUUGGGCGACAUUUUCUACGGCAUAUUUGCGUCCCGAUAAGGUCUUUGAGACUUAUUGGCCUAUCUACAAAGACAAGACGCAACCUUUGCAACUGAGAAUUCAAGCUUUUGUCAUGCUGCUUGUGUCGAAUCCAUCUCCUGGACGUUUGUUAGCACUUUAUGACGUUAUCAGUACGGAAAAUUGUCCGCAUAUGAUCAAUUUCUAUCGAACCACUGUCCUGAGUUUAUCUGAAACGACAUACUCUUGUUACAAAACGAUUCAGCGAUAUCUCUCCUACAUGAUUCGAAGUUUACCAAAAAAGCCGCUGAACCGAUAUUGGGUGUCCGGGAACUAUGUAUUUGAUUAUCGCGAUCGUAAAUUCCACAUCGGAGCAAUGUUGCAAGCUAUGUUGAUCGGCGAUGACAAGACAAAUUUACCGAUGAUGGGAUAUUUCAAAUUUGAUACGGAAGCCCUUGGAAGGUUUACCAGUCAAAUGGGUGUCUAUGUGAAAGCUCGGGGCUUAACGGAUGCCAUUAUCGAGCGCUUGAUGAGUUCUAAAAAUUUCAAAAAUGAAAAACUCAAAGAGAUUUUGGGCUCAAUGAAAUUACCAACAGUCUCAAAUACGCCGUUACAUCUUGAAAUUGUCAUCCAAGUCGAAGGAAAAUCUGUGCUUUCCUAUUAUUUGAACCAAACGAGCUUUGAAAGUCUUACCAACGGAGACCUGAUCGAUCGAAUUCAAUCACUGAUCAAAACCGACAGUCACAUCAAUUUGCAAAAUGUCAUGCGGCCAUUCCACAUUCAAUAUUUGGUGCCGACGAUGAUUGGAACUCCAGCUGACAUCCUAAUUGAAAACACAAUUGUCAGUUCAUUGCGAGGAAAUACAACGCAAAAUAUGCAAAAACUCACCAGAACCUCGCAAAUCGAGUUGCAGUACAAUUCCUAUUCCGUUACAAAAAUCCGCAGUUACAAUCCCAUACAAGAUUUGGAAUAUGCCACAAUUCGAGAGCAAAGUCUCUUACUUUACGCACCACUUGUGAACGAAAUUGGCCUCCAUUUGGAAAAUAAUUCUAUAAGUUUUUCAUUUUAUCGACCACCCAAAUUGACGACUGGCGUAUCAUUCAAGUCUCGCAUUCGGAAUGAACCUUCGAAUGAAUAUCCAAUCGCUGAAACUGGAAUUGAGGAGAAAAUAAAGUCACUGGAUUAUUUUUUGGAUGACUUGGGAGUCAAUUUUACCAUGGCCAUGCAACAAGACUACGCUAAAGAGAAUCUGGAGUUUAUGUGGGAAAAGGAUAUCAUCGCAAAUGCCAAAAUUUUAGAGAAAUCAUCAUUUUCGCCAAUUUACAAGAUGAUGGACUUUUUCGGACUUUUACAAUUGAACUCGAUUCAGAUUGGACAGAACAAAUAUUUUACCUUUUUGGGCAAUAACGAGGAACCAACCAUAAUUGAUGGCAUUAUUCGAUGGAAUUUGGAUGACUUUAGUGCUGAAGCACUUCAGCGCGAAGAAAAAAUCUACAAUUUCGAUUUGUACUUGAAUCACAAAACCGCCAGAAAUGACCCAAUUGUUGCACAUCGGUGGAAAUUCCAAUCACAAGUGUCGACUUUCAAGAAUAGUGACUCAAAGAAAAUUGUUUUCUCUUUGGAACGCAAAGAACUUGGAGGAACUAAAUGGAAAUUAUGUGUCAAGAGUAAUGUUGAGCCUUUUGUGUUCCUAAAAUCACCUUUUAUAAUCAGUAGUAAUAUUGCAUUUGGGAAUCUAACAACCGCCGAUAACUGUCCUGACAAGUCCCAUAUUGAUUUUGACAUCAACAUUGGAGUGUCUGAGGAUGUCGAAACUGAAUUUAAGGCAAUCGCUGACAACAUCAAGUGUCCAAAGGGCAUUGUGAAAUUUACACCGCCGAUUUUCAAUCAAAAAUGUCCCAAAGAAUUGUAUCAAUAUUUCACAAGCAUUGGAUAUUUCGACACAAAAAUUAGAUUUACACAGAUGCCAAAAUGGUUCCAUAACAUCGCCAAUCGUGUCGAUCAUUUCCUCUGCGCUUCGUUACCAGGGCAGAUAGAUCGCUUAAAUUUGACUGAUAGUGUAAAAUUAAAUGUUCGUCGCGGUAAAAGUAAAGAAGAGCCCUCUUACGUCACCUUAAAUGGCGUAUCAUUCAAGUUUCCAAUCAAUUUUGGUGUCGACUGGAAAUAUGAAGGACGAGACAGAUUGAGUGUUUCUUAUGGAUUCACAAGUGUUUGCAGCUUAGUAGGUGCUGAUAUGAACACAUUCCGCAACAAUUAUGGACGUCUAGAUUUUAAUAACAUUGCUAAUUUCACUUCUAACAAUGAAACGUUGAUUGCCGCCGAUUGUUCCGUUAACUCCAAGUUCGGAGUGUUUGUUGCAUACAAAGAUAAUGACGUCCAAGCAUUCGAUUACAUUAAAAUCCUUAUAAGUGGAGACGAAAUAAUUAUACCCAGUGGAAAUGAAGAACCUUUGAUAUCGAUCAAGCGAGACAAUGGAGAAGAAGAGGUUAGAUUGACCAAGACAGCACACUAUCAGUACCCGAAAGACGAUAAAUUUUAUGAUUAUCGUAUUUACAUCAACGAUGAGUCCCUUUUGGUGUUGGAGGGGGAUGUAGUGGUGCAAUAUGACUUGAAAAACAUUGUAUCCAUUAAAGUUAGCAUAGUAAGGCGAAUGAAAAUGUGUGGUUUGUGUGAAAUAACGCACAAUCACUAAAGCGAAACAUACAAAAUAAAACUUU